GCAUUCGCUCUUCUUAUUCCACUAUCAAAAGUUGCAGCCGCUACGACAAUAAUUCGGCGAAACCUUCCAUAUAUCAUCGAACACGAUAAUAUUGAUAUCACACCAGUUAUCAGACGCCGCAUCAUUAGAAUGUCCUUCGAUGCUAUCGCAGGACGCCGCUCCUUUAUAUUCGGUGCCUCACGAGCCAGCGAUUACCAGUUACCACAUCUGGAUAGGAUUGCUAAGCAUCAUUUCGCCCCUUAUUUUGACUCCAAUAACUAUGCUCUAUACCUCAACAAUACCAGUUCGGAGCGCAUACACCUC